AUGGCCUCCCCAACCACACCCGGCGAGGAUCGGCCCUCGACCCCGACGCCCUCCCAACUGCCCCCCGUCCCGGGGUCGCCAGUCUACUCUCUCGCCUCGACCGCGAACCCGCUCUCGUCCUACCACCUCCCGCUGCCGCCCCCGCCGCGGCCCGUCCACGCCGUCCUGACCAAAUCCGACCUCGAGCUCUCCCAGACCGCCUACUCCGACCUCAUCCAGACUGCAAAGUCCUACCGCCUCGCCCUCGCCUCGCUCUCCACUGCCGCCUCCUCCUUCGGCUCCGCCCUCGAGUCUUGCGCCCGCCUGAAGGAGGCCCGUGCCGAGUCCCUGUCCUCCGCCUCCCAGCCCGGCGCCGCCCUGUCUGCGAGCUUCACCGCCGGCGCCAAGGGCUCUUGCACCGCCGACCUGCUGCUGUCCGCCUCGGGCGUCCACCACCUCGUCGCGAACCACCAGCAAAUCCUCUCCGAGACCGUCUACCGCGACUUCGAGGUGCCCCUGCUGCACGAACUGGAUAAGUGGCGCCAGCGCGUCGACGACGAGGAGGACGCAUACGUGCGCGAGGUCAAGGCCCGCAACCUCGAGAUCAGGCGGCUGGAGAAGGAGGGGCUGAAGCUCCACAAGCAGCGCCGCCUCGACGUCGGCAAGUUCAGGGCCCACCUUGUCGACCUGACGACCAAACUAGACGGCCUGACGUCUCUGCACGGCGACCAUGCUAGGACCCUGCUGCGCGAGAGCCAGGACACGAGCGGCCGCAUCGUCGAGGCUUCGUGCAGCCUCGUCCGCGCCGAGGUCGACAUCUUUGAGUCGCUUGCGAGAAAGGGCUGGAGCGGCGGCGGUCUGGACGAGCUGCUGGAGAGGGGAGCCGACCUGUUCGCGAGCGACGAGGUCGGCGAUCACCAUCACUCGGGCGUCGUGGGCGGCGGGACCGCCGAGGCGGCGAAGCUGUUCAGCAUCCUCCCGCCCAAGAGCAUUCUCGCCGACGCCGCCUCGGACGUAACGCGCCACGGCGGCGGCGGCCACAAGCGAGGCGACAGCCUGCUGAGCGACCCGGACCGGUACCAGAGCCUCGCGGCCGCCGCGACCAUCGCCGCGUCGCCGGGGCUCGGGGACGACAACGACGCCGACAGCAUCUUCUCCGAGACCAACUUCAACAGGCCGCGCGGCGUGCGGCCCUUUUCACCGCAGCCCAUCAGGCGGCACGCUACCGACGUGACGUUUGACAGCCUCGGCGUCGGGCUGAGCGAGGAGUCGCGUGUGGUCGACAGGGUUGAGGAGGAGGUUGUCGUUGAGGGGAGCCGGCACGAUGUGCUGAGGGAAGAAGAGCACGAGGGCGAGGAUAGGUGCGAGGGCGAGGGCGAGGGCGAGGGCGAGGGCGAGGGCGAGGGCGAGGGCGAGGGCGAGGGCGAGGGCGAGGGCGAGGGCGAGGGCAAGGGCGAGAACUUGGCCCAAGGGGAGGCGCCUGCGCAGCUGUCGUCGCCUUGGGCCGACGAGGAGCAGGCCGAGGAGCCCAACAAGCAGACCCUGGGGGAAGAACACGACGAAAAAGACCACAGAGCUAGCACUCCCGCCGUGGAAGACGCCGGGGAGGAGGGGGAAAUUGCACACGGGACGGCGGACAGGGGACGACAGCCCGUCAGGCGGUGGAGUGUAAAUGAAGAGGACGACGCGUCACUUUCAUUGGGAAGGGGAGAGCUUUCUUUUCAAUCCUGA